AUGUUCAGGAAGCUGUGCACUCUUCUGUUGAUCGCGACGAUCAUUCAUAAUGCCGCGUCCAGUGUCGUGGACAGGGCCAAAAGGUGUUAUGGCUGUCCCGAAAAGUACGAUGCGAAGAAGGCUUGCCCUGAUGAAUGUAAGGCGAAUGGUUGCACACAUACAUGCAGCUUCACGGGUGAUAUGGGGGACUGCAGCCAUCUCUGGUGUUAUGUUUGGAAGUAA